CCAACGGUUUCCUUGAAAACUACGUUAUCGUGCUAAUAGAUCACAUAUCAGAUGGUAGCAACGUAAAUACCAGAUGAUUUUCGCUUCUUCGCUCCAAUAUAGAAUACAUGAAAUUCACCGAAUGACUGUAAAAUCGUUACGUAACAUUCAUAUAUCACCGAUCAGGGAUGGAACCAAAAUCUAUGAACGCAGUUAUCGAAAUUGUACCAGACUUCGUACAGAACUCUACAACGAUCGCAUUGACGUGGUUUGAGGAACGUUUCUUAAAUACCAGAGAGUCAAGAUUUAUAAAAGAAAGGGAGUUCGUGGACCGAGCCACCUCGCUAUCAGAGGAUUUGGCAUAUCAACUAUAUACUAUAUUCAGUGGACAAAAUGGCGGCAGUAUGUACUUUCACGAGUUGAUAGGAGCACUCUAUAGACUGUCCAGUAAAGGAAAACAGAAACAAGAUGUAGACUGGUUUUACAAAUUAUUUAAAAAUGUGUGCGGAGAAAAUCAUGAAAUUUCCAUGAAGAGCUUUAGAGAUACCAUAAAGACCAGUCAGUGUGCCAAGAAGUUGUUUAAAAUAUUGGAUGCCCACGGAAGUGGUUAUUUGAGUUGUGUGGACAUUGUAUCAUGCUUACGUGUAAUCAGUUUGUAA